AUGGUUCAAAGAAAUAAGGUCUUGGACACCGAAGGUCCAACCCCAAAGUUUCUCUAUGCAAUCAUCAAGCAAGUGAGCUUGAAGGAGAUUGACUGGAAUCGAGUUGCAAAUGACCUGAAAAUCUCUAAUGGUCACGCUGCCCGCAUGCGCUUCUCGCGGUUCAAGUCUCAAAUGGAGGGCCCUUCGGAGCGAGCAAUCAAGCGCAAAAACGCAAAGAAGCUCGCCAAGGGUGAUCUCAAGGAAGAAAAAAUCUCUGCGUCACUUGAGAAGGAGAAUACAGUGAAGCCCGAGCCCAUCGACUCCGGGGCAAUUUCGCUCUCGUCAGAAUUAGCCCCCGUCAUCAAAAGUGAGGCUGAUACUCAGGGGCAUCCUCCUAUGUCCAGCCCUUUUGACAUCUAUAACACCUUCCGGCAGUCGGUCUCUCAUUUCAUGUCGCCUCUCUCACAGUUCAACCAUAUACAGGAUAUGGGCUCUUCGCCUUUUGGAAUUCCCAGUCCGCAAGCACCGAGUCUGUUACCAAUGGGCGUUGCCUCAGAUAACCAUUCUUCAAUGUCAAUGGCAGCUCAGAUGGCCUUUCCAGGAUAUCCGCCUUUCCCUUUGUAUCAAGGUCCUAGCUUGCAUGAUUUCCAGCCCCAGAUGCCUGACUUUAAUAGCCCACCAGUGAUCACCUGGGGACCGAUGCCGCAAGAUUCAUGGGAGCAGGAAACGAAUCAUCAACCCGAUCUCGCGUCGUCGUCGGUCAAGAUAGAGCAGGAGCAAAAUGCAUUGGCGGACAAUAUUGAGGUUGAUUUGGUGGGCACAGAUCAAGUGUCGGUUCAAGAAAUUGUUUCGAUGUAG